AUGAUUUGGGAACUCCGUCUUGAAGGUCCUGAAUAUUAUCCAGCUUGUCACACGAAUUCGACGAUAACCACAGUCCUAAGCGAGAAAACUGAAUUGAACAAUACUGGUCAAGAACCAUGGGUUGACCUAGUAACAUUUAUUCUGAUCAGAGCGAUUUAUAAGAUCAACAACUACACGAAUUAUGGCGAAGUGAACUGUCUGGUCUUUAUUUCAGCGCAACUUAACACAACCAAAUUACCUGAACUGAAUCCUACGAGUAUGGGCUCCAGUGCGACUAUUGUUGCUGUUGGCUUCAACGGGACCGACUUGACAGGAAUUGUUGAUCAAAGGGGGACUGCAGUCAGUGUUCCCUACGAGUACAAUGCAACAGACGCACAAAAUGUCGUUGAAGCUGUACUUAAUACUUGA